GCUUUCCCCGCUGACGCAGCCAUGCCCAUAUAUGGGCAGGCGGGGGCCGUUCCGGGAACCCCCACCCGCGCUGCCCGGCACCGCCCGCCCCGGGGCGGCACUUCCCGGCCGGGACUCCCCCCCCACCCCCGCGGGACGCAGACGUCCGGGACCCCGCCGUGACCCCCGGGGGGGGCUGGUCUAUGGGGGUGCCCCCUGUAACCCCUAUCUCCCAGGGGGCUGUGCGCGGGCCACUCCCCUCCCAAACCCCGCCCCCCACCGCGAUGGCGCUGGCGCGGCUGGAGCGGGACCCGGCGGGCGCGGGGCGGUUCGGUUCGGCCGUGCCCCCCCUCUGCCGCCACCGGCCCUGCGCCCUCGGCGUGGACGAGGCGGGGCGGGGGCCGGUGCUGGGGCCUAUGGUUUAUGGGAUCUGCUACUGCCCCGUGGAGAAGCUGGAGGAACUGGAGGCGCUGGGGGUGGCAGACUCAAAGACGCUGUCAGAGGGGGAGCGGGAGCGACGCUUUGGGCUGCUGGAGGCGGCGAGCGACAUCCUGGGCUGGGCACUGCAUGUGCUGCCCCCCGACCACAUCUCUGCCUGCAUGCAGCAGCGGUGUUCGUGGACACAGUGGGACCGGCGGAGAAGUAUGAGGCGAAGCUGCGGCAGCGCUUCCCGGGGCUGGAGGUGACCGUGCGCCCCAAAGCUGAUGGGCUCUUCCCCGUUGUCAGCGCUGCCAGCAUCUGCGCCAAGGUGGCCCGUGACUGGGCUGUGAAGCACUGGAAGUUUGUGGAGGACCUGGAGGACAUCGACCGGGACUAUGGCUCAGGGUACCCCAACGACCCCAAGACGAAGGAGUGGCUGCGGCGGCACCUCGAGCCUGUCUUUGGGUUCCCCCAGUUCGUGCGCUUCAGCUGGGGGACGGCGCAGGAGCUGCUGCAGCGCGGGGGGGUCCCCAUCAAGUGGGCUGAUGAGGACCCCAAGCAGGACCCUACGGCCCCCCCCUCGGUGCUCUCCUACUUCGCCCGGACCCCGGCCCGGCGACCCCCCCACCGCUUCUUCCAUGAGCGCAGCCUGCGGCCCCUGGCCGAGCUGUGACCCCCCCUGAAAUGGGGGCCCCCAACCCCCACCCCCUAAUAAAGCAAGUGGUUGGUUUUUUACAAAGAAUGGC